AUGGCGACAGCAAACAAGCACGUUGUCUUUGAUAUUGUCGGUGAGUCCAGAGCAAUAAAUGACAAACUUUUGAUCCCAUCCCGUCCCCAGCGGUGUAAGACGAGCCUCGCUGAGCGCAUGUUGGUUCUAGGCACAUGCAUAUCAUUCGACAACUUCCACAAAGCUCUCGAGGCUCGUCUCGGGCCCAAACUGAACCCAAUAGGCAUUGGGGCCCGAUGUUUUGGCUACGCCUGGGCAGAAGCCGCCGAGCGGGAAUACACGUAUCUCAGUCUCUCCGGCAGCUACAAGCCAGUGUUCCAGGUGAUGAGAUCGAUAUUCUACCGGACGCUGGGGCAAGUGGGCGUCUCAGAGCCGCGGAAACUAUGCAGCGACGAGGACGUCGACUUUUUGCUGAACGCAUAUCGCGGUCUCAGUGCCCGAGAGGGUCUCGCGGAAUGUUUCUCCAAGCUACGCAACGCUGGAUUCACCGUCUGGGCGUUUACCGCUGGCGACAGGCAGCGCGUCUCGAAUUACUUGAAACAGGGAGGGGUGGAGGUGCCUCCCGAGAACUUUGUCACUUGCGACGAUAUCGGCAUCGGCAAGCCAGCGCCCGAGUGCUAUAAGUACAUGCUGAGUAAACUCGACAAGGAGGGUCUGGAGGCUUGGUUUGCGGCCGCUCAUAUGUGGGAUGUGGCUGCCGCUCGACGGUCUGGUUUCAUAGGUGCUUGGGUCGCGGCUUUCGAGAAGGAGCCGUGUCAGGAUAUUUUCGGCGACAUGGAUGUCAUGGCAGAGACUCUCCCAGAGAUGGCUGAUGGGAUCAUUGCUGCCUCGGCCAAAAAGUAG